GGAAUUCCAUUAAUGCGCUGCGCAUCGCGUGGUUGGAUUUGGUUAUUGCGCAUAGCUGACACCCGGUGUUAACUUCCUGUGGAUAGAUGGCUUCCAGCUCUGAGUCAGACAUUAGCGCAAGCUGCUGUGAUCAAGAAGUUACACACACAGAUACAGUGAAGAUUAACAAGGGUCCAAAGGUUGUUUCCGUUUCUUCUGCCUGGGGAUUACCGGAACCAGUUCUUCGCGUAGGAAAUCGUACUAUCUUUACGCAUGGACGUCCACCUUGGUAUAAUGCUGAAGGACAAACUCAACAGCCUUUUGUAAUCGGUAUAUGUGGGGGUAGUGCAAGCGGUAAAACAUCUGUUGCUCGCGUAAUUAUUGAAAGUCUGGAUGUACAGUGGGUCAGUUUAAUAAGUUUGGACUCAUACUACAAGGUUCUUACUCCAGAGCAAAGACUUCAAGCUAUUGCUUGUCAUUACAAUUUCGAUCAUCCAAGCGCUUUUGAUCUUGAUUUAUUGGAAAAUCAUUUACGCAGGUUACGCGACGGUAAAACUAUUGAAGUACCUGAAUAUGAUUUCAAAACUCAUUCUCGUACUUCUAAAACGAAUACUGUCUACGGGGCUAAUAUUAUUAUCAUUGAAGGAAUUUUGGUAUUCUAUUCACAAGCUGUGGCCAAACUAAUGGAUUUGAAGGUGUUUGUUGAUACAGACGCAGAUGAACGCUUAUCUCGUCGUCUUCGUCGUGAUAUUAGUGAACGUGGUAGAGAAUUGAAUAGCGUACUAGAACAAUAUAUGCGUUUUGUCAAACCUUCCUAUGAACAAUUUAUUGCUCCAAGUAUGGCUCAAGCAGAUAUUAUUGUUCCAAGAGGUGGACAAAAUGUUGUCGCUCUGCAACUUAUUGUUCAACACAUCAAUAAACGUUUAAAACAGUGUGGACUACGAACCAGACAUGAAUUUGCUAAAUUCCCAUUCAUACUUUCUAAUGGUGCGUUACCAACAGAUUCCAAUGAUACAACUUGGGAGGACAAUAAUUCAACUGGUAUAAAUAAUACAUUAGAUGAUGUUUUUACAAUGAACAACCAUCUGUAUCAUAACAAGCAAUAUAUUACUAAUGGUACAUCUGAUAGAUUAUGUCUCCCACCUCAGGUUUAUGUAUUACCUUCCACACCUCAAAGACUUGGUCUGCAUACAUUAAUUCGUGAUCGGAGCACCAAUCAAGAUGCAUUUGUUUUCUAUGCCGAACGUUUGAUGCGUCCUUUAUGUGAAGCUGCAAUGAAUCUGCUUCCUCAUAUGGAUAUAGAUAUCGAGACUCCUCAGGGUAUCACUUAUCGUGGUCGGAAAUUAGCUACUGGCACUCAAGUAUGUGGUGUAUCUAUUCUAAGAGCAGGUGAAGUACUUGAACCGGCUUUAUGCGCUGUGUGUAAAGAUAUCCGUUUGGGCAAAAUUUUGAUACAAACCAAUCCAGUCACAUCUGAACCUGAAUUACACUAUAUUCGUUUACCUCGAGAUAUUAAAGAUUGUUUUGUUAUACUUAUGGAUGCCACUGUGGCUACUGGAGCGGCUGCUAUAAUGGCUAUGCGUAUAUUAGUGGAACAUGAUGUGCCAGAAGAUAAAAUUAUUCUUAUCUCCUUAAUAAUGGCUAGUCAAGGUGUACAUUCUGUUGCUUAUACAUAUCCAAAGGCUCACAUUGUAACUACUGCUGUAGAUUCAGGUUUGAAUGAUAGUUAUCACAUUGUUCCAGGUGUUGGAAAUUUUGGCGAUCGCUAUUUUGGUACUACUCUGGAUCUAGAAACAAGAUAAUCAAUCUAAUUGUUCUUUUUCUUCAUGACAUUCUGCAACACUUUUGCCAAUCUGAGUGAACUUUCUUUUCGUUGAUUACAACUUAUACAGUCAGGAACCUUUCUAGUUGGUUUUAGUCUGGUUUUUAAUUAAUUCUUUCCUUUAAAGAGUUUUUGUUUUCUUUUCUGACAGAUUUUUUGUGAAAAUCUACUUUCACUACCACACUAGCUCGAUAUCCUUGUCUAGUCCUCAUCUCUAUUCUUGUUUCAUUCAUUGCAAUUUCUUAUACUCUCUUGUAUGUAGUUUUGUUAUUCCGUCUGACGAAUUGAUUUGCAGUUAGUGUGUUUUCUUCUUUAUGUAUGUGUGUCAAUUUAAUUGAAUUCACUGGUAUCUUUUGGAGGUAUAUUUGUACUUCAUUGAUUAUUUUUGUCUUUUUUUUUACCACAUGGUUGUUUUCUUCCCACUUGACAAGGAAGAAGCAAGUUUAUUUUCUUUGUAAUUUAUGUAUGUAUUACGAAGAAUGUACGUAUAUAAUAUACUAAUUAUUUGUUGUAUACUAAAUGUUUCAAUAUUUUGUUGUUUAAUCUUGAUUUUCUUUUACAAAUAUUUCUGUUAUUGUAAUACACUGAUAAUUUCCUACUUUAUUCAUUCACUUCGAUUUCUUAUUCUUUAGAAAAAGAUACGUCUAUUUUAAUUUCUAUUAUUGUUGCUGACGAUGAUGACAAAAUUAAUGUGAAACAUCAUUUUCUACAUAAAGUGUGUUCAGAUGUCGUUUUAUAUCCUAUAUGCAUAUAUGAAGCGGUAGCUUGCUGGUUAGAAUGCUCGAAAUCGUUUGAAGGUUCCAACUCCCUACUCAUUAAUUACUUGAGGUUUCGGGCUGGCUGCUAGCAAUAAAAGACCUCAUACAAUCAGUUUCGCUUAGAGAUUCUCUCUUUUCACAUCUUCAUUGUUGUUGUGUGGCGCAUAUGUAUUUGGUGCCUCUUUGUAGCAAUAUUUAUGUGUUCAAAUAAAUAAUAAAUAAAAUUA